AUGGUGGCCCGCAAGUUCAAGGAUUUGGAUGAUUUUGUUCCCACAAUCAGCGACAGUGAGAACGAAGUCCCAGACCUGGAAGAUUCUGAUGAUGAGGUCGUAAAGCAGACCAAGGUGCUUCCCCAUAAGGCUAAGAAGACCAAGAAAAAUCAAAGUAAGCAGCAACACGACGUUAAAGGGGAGCUUGUUGACGAGGACGUUCAUGAAGAUCUUAAUCCUGGCUUUGAAUUUGAGUUGGACGGCUCAGAAGUGACAUCGAACUUCGAUGGAUGGAAUUUUGAAGGUGAUAAAAGAGCUAAUGAAGGUACUAAGGACGUUGAUUUAGAUGGUAUAAUCAGACGUAAGGGGGGACUUGUUCAGUUAGUAGGUACUGAAGACAGCGCUAGUGAUGUUGGGAGCGAGGACAAUGACACUGAAAAUGAAGGGAGUGACGAGAGUGACGAUGAUAAUCUUGCCAUGGAUGGAUUCGGCAUGGGUACUUCCGCAGUGGGUGAAGAUGCUAGCGACGGCAACGACGGCUCCUCUGAUGUUGAAGAAGAGGUCGAGGAAAGUGAACUGUCUGCAGCAGAGGCAGCUGAUCAAAAAUUGGAAGUAGAAGAGGAGGAUAGCGACGAUGCGAAAGCGGCUUUUUAUGCUCCGGAUGAGGAAAGUUCCGAGGCCAGGAAUACCGUACACAGCAGCUUCAACUCUUUGUCCCUCUCACGUCCUGUUCUCAAGGGAGUGGGUGCCCUUAACUACGUCAAGCCUUCUCCCAUUCAAAGUGCUGCGAUACCAAUAGCUCUUCUUGGUAAAGACAUUAUUGCUGGCGCCGUUACUGGCUCUGGUAAGACUGCAGCUUAUAUGAUUCCCAUAAUUGAACGUUUGUUAUACAAACCAGCCCAGGUAGCUUCCACCCGUGUUAUUGUUUUGACCCCAACUCGUGAACUUGCAAUUCAAGUUUCAGAUGUCGGGACAAAGCUCGCAAAGUUCGUGAGUACCAUCAACUUUGGUCUCGCUGUUGGUGGUUUGAACUUGAGGCAACAAGAACAAAACUUGAGAUCUCGACCUGAUGUUGUUAUUGCCACACCUGGUAGACUAAUUGAUCACAUAAGAAACUCUGCAAGUUUCAAUGUAGAGUCGGUGGAAAUUCUGGUCAUUGACGAGGCUGAUCGUAUGCUGGAGGAGGGAUUCCAGGAUGAAUUAAAUGAAAUUAUGUCUCUCAUCCCCAGUAAGCGACAAACUCUUUUGUUUUCAGCUACAAUGAAUGCCAAGAUUAACCAGUUGAUAUCUCUUUCUUUGAAAAAGCCAAUCAAAAUUAUGAUUGAUCCGCCAAGGCAGGCAGCUGCUAAACUAACGCAAGAGUUUGUUCGUAUUCGUAAAAGAGAAGAUCUCAAGCCGGCUCUACUCUUUCAUCUCAUCAAGAGAUUAGAUGACCAAGCGCAAAAAAGAAUUGUGGUUUUUGUUGCUAGAAAGGAAAUGGCUCACAAAUUGAGGAUUAUACUGGGAUUAUUAGGAAUGAAAGUUGCUGAACUACAUGGUUCAUUGUCUCAAGAGCAGCGUUUGCAGUCUGUCAAUGGAUUCAAAUCCCUGGAGAUACCGGUGCUAAUAUGUACAGAUUUGGCAUCCAGAGGUUUGGAUAUACCUAAGAUUGAGUUUGUCAUCAAUUUCGACAUGCCAAAAUCGUAUGAAAUCUAUCUUCAUAGAGUGGGUCGUACAGCGAGAGCCGGUAGAGAGGGUCGUUCUGUUACCUUUGUCGGUGAAUCUUCUCAAGACAGAAAUGUUGUGAAGAGUGCCAUCAAGUCUGCGGAAGAAAAUAAUAAACAAGACACCGUUGUAGGUAGAAUGAUCGACUGGUCCAGGGUAGAAGAAAUCAACAAUUUUAUCUCAAAUAAGGAUGACACAAUCAUUGAGAUUCUAGAAGAGGAGAAACAAGAAAAAGAGAUUCUGAGAGCCGAAAUGGAAGUACGCAAAGGCGAAAACAUGUUAAAACACAAAGAUGAAAUUAGUGCAAGGCCCAAGAGGACUUGGUUCCAGUCAGAAGCUGAGAAGAAAAAUUCGAAGGUGAUCAACGCUUUGUCAAAGACCAAAAAGACCAUUAACAGUAAAAAGAGGAAGAGAUUAGAGGCUACUGAAGAUCGCGCUCGUUCCUACAAGAAAACCAAAAACGAUAGGAGUACAGAUCAGCAGAGAACUUAUGCCAAACAAAGGGCGAAGGUUGAUGCUAAGAAGAAAAAGAAGAGAGCGAGGACGUAG